CCACCGGGAUCAGGCAGCGACACCGGGACCGGCGCCGGGAUCGGGAUCGGGGAGCGGCACCGGGGGCGGCGGCGGCGCCUGACGGGGGAGCGGCGGCUCCGCAGGCGCGGCCUGAGGCGCUGGGCCCAGCGCUCCCGCUCGCUCCGGGCGGCCUCGGCGGCCGCGGCGGCCUCAGCGUCCCCGUUUGCUCCGCGCCCAGCCCCGCGCGGCCCGAAGCGCCGGGAAGAUGUCGCGGCCCGUCAGGAACAGGAAGGUGGUCGAUUACUCCCAGUUUCAGGAAUCAGAUGAUGCUGAUGAUGAUUAUGGAAGAGAUUCAGGUCCCCCAUCCAAGAAAAUCCGUUCGUCUCCCCGAGAGGCUAAAAACAAGAGGAGAUCUGGGAAGAAUUCUCAGGAGGACAGUGAGGAUUCAGAAGACAAAGAUGUGAAGACUAAGAAAGAUGAUUCACACUCAGCAGAUGAAGAUUUUGGCAGCGAAGACGAUGACGUAGGAGCUGACGAUGGCAAAGCCGACAGCGACUACGAGAGCUCUCAAAAAAGCAAAAAAGGAAAGAAGGCUAAACCAGACAAGAAUAAGAGAGCAGCCUCCAAAUCCAGGAAAAGGCCUGCAGAGGACAGCGAGGAUGAGAAGGAAGAUCACAAAAACGUUCGUCAGCAGCGGCAGGCGGCGUCCAAAGCAGCCUCCAAACAGCGGGAGAUGCUCAUGGAUGACGUGGGGAGUGAGGAGGAAGAGCAAGAGGAUGAUGAGGCACAGUUCCAGGAGACAGAUUCAGGAAGUGAUGAAGACUUCCUCAUGGAAGAUGAUGAUGACAGUGACUAUGGCAGUUCAAAAAAGAAAAACAAGAAGGUCUCCAAGAAAUCCAAGCCAGAGAGGAAAGAAAAGAAAAUGCCCAAGCCCAGGCUAAAGGCUACAGUGACCCCCAGCCCAGUGAAAGGCAAAGGGAAGGCAGGUCGCCCCACAGCUUCCAAGGCAACAAAAGAAAAGACCCCAUCCCCCAAAGAAGAGGAUGAAGAGCCUGAAAGUCCCCCAGAAAAGAAAAAAUCAGCCAGCCCUCCACCAGAAAAGUCAGGGGAUGAGGGAUCUGAAGAUGAAGCACCCUCUGGUGAAGAUUAAAAUGGCAGUUGAGGAAAAUCUUUGUUUAAAAAAAAAAGAGGAAAAAAAAAAAAGAAAAAGGAAAAGAAAACAAUACUUAGGGGUAGAACACGGUUUUGGCUGUGGCUUGACUCAUGGGCUUUGAAUGCUGUCUUUACUUUCAGCUGUUUAAUACAGUGUAUUCUUUUUUAAUAAGAGGAAACCCUUCUACAGUCAUAUUUUGAAGUCAAUGUUCUCUGUUGGCCAUUCCGUUCUCCCUCCCCUGCCAAAUCUGAAAAGCCAUUUAAGACAAAUUAACAAGACCAUUCAAUAUUUUAUUUUUUUUUUCAAGGGAUACUGCAGUUGUGAAGCAAUAAGGUUUGAGACUGAUCUGUGGAAAGCAUACUUACAAAUCCUUAAGUAGAAUAGAUUUUUCCCAGUGCUGGUAAGAGCUGUUUAAAACUAUUAUUCUGUAUUUGAAAUAUAUGGAAAAAAAAAAAUAAUGAGCCUCUGCUUUAACAGACUUUGAGACGAGUUCACUCUCAGCAAAAAUGUAGUUGUUCUAAUUCCAGUGGAGGAGGAUGGAACCCAGGGAGGAAUCCUGUGUUUCUUGGAUUCAGGCACGUUUUUCAUGGAAAACAAUCAAGAAACUCGGAGAUGCUCCAGUGUCUUUGAUUUAAAAAACACCCUCCAGUGAGGAUGGGAGAUCUUUUGUCUGUGCUGGAUAGAAAACUGUUCUGCUGUAGGCAAAUUGCAGCUCAUUCCAGAGAAAUUCAGAUAUUCAACCUACAGCCUUCCCAUAUCCACUCACCCUUCUUUUAUUCCUUCUGUAGAGGGGCAGAACAGGGAAGAGAAAUAGCAAAAUCACUUUUAAAACUGUUUUCCAUUGGGUACCGUGGAAAAUGCUUAUAUUAUAGAUUUUUUUCCAAGGAAAAAAAAAAACAACAACAACAAAAAAACCCCAACAGAUAAUGUAAAAUGAAAUUCUUCAGCUUUUGGGGCAAGGGAUGUCCUUUUGUGGGUGUGACAGAGGAUUCCUGUAGUGCUCUGGUCACCUGAGAUCCCAUGAGUCAGGCUGGAGUGUUCCUCUUCCCUGCCUCCCUCCUGCUGUCCUGUGGGACUUGUGGGGUCAGCUCCUCACCCUUCCUGUGGGAUUUGUGGGGUCAGCUCCUCACCCUUCCUGUGGGAUCUGCUCCUCGCCUUUCCUGUGUGGUCUGAGGGAUCUGUUCCCCUCCUGCCUGUAGGAUCUGCUCCUCACCCUUCCUGUGGGAUUUGUGGGGUCAGCUCCCCUCCUGCCUGUGGGAUCUGCUCCUCUCCCCUGCCUCUGGGUUCUGCUCCCAUCCUGCCUGUGGGAUUUUCUCCUCACCCAUCCUGUGGGAUCUGCUCCCACCCCUCCUGUGGGAUCAGCUCCCAGGUUCCUGUGGGAUCUGUGGGAUCAGCUCCCAGUUCCUGUGGGAUCUGUGGGAUCAGCUCCCAGUUCCUGAGGGCUCUGUGGGAUCAGCUCCCAGGUUCCUGUGGGAUCAGCUCCCAGUUCCUGAGGGCUCUGGGAUCAGCUCCCAGUUCCUGUGGGAUCAGCUCCCAGUUCCUGAGGGCUCUGUGGGAUCAGCUCCCAGUUCCUGAGGGCUCUGUGGGAUCAGCUCCCAGUUCCUGUGGGAUCUGUGGGAUCAGCUCCCAGUUCCAGUUCCUGUGGGAUCUGGGAUCAGCUCCCACUUCCUGAGGGCUCUGUGGGAUCAGCUCCCAGUUCCAGUUCCUGAGGGCUCUGUGGGAUCAGCUCCCAGUUCCAGUUCCUGAGGGCUCUGUGGGAUCAGCUCCCAGUUCCAGUUCCUGUGGGAUCAGCUCCCAGUUCCAGUUCCUGAGGGCUCUGUGGGAUCAGCUCCCAGUUCCAGUUCCUGAGGGAUCUCUGGGAUCAGCUCCCAGUUCCUGAGGGCUCUGUGGGAUCAGCUCCCAGUUCCAGUUCCUGUGGGAUCAGCUCCCAGUUCCAGUUCCUGAGGGAUCUCUGGGAUCAGCUCCCAGUUCCAGUUCCUGAGGGCUCUGGGGCUGGCAGAGCUGCCCUCAGCCUGUCCCUGGCACAGCAGGACACUCCAGGUGUGUGCUGCCAUUUUAAUGUGCUUUUAUCCAAGCAGCCAUAUCCUUCCCCUAACGUUUUUAUUUUCUGAACUUCAUCAAACUCCACAAACCUCGCUUUCCACACCCUCAGACACUUUUCUACCGCGUUUGUUGGUGGAAACAUUGAAAACUGGACCUGCCAUUUUUAGUUUUAUUUUUAUUUUUUUCCUUAAACCCUCUGUGCUUCUGUCCGUUGCUCACCUUCUCUUCCAGCUGACAAGCUUUGCAUCCUUCUUGUUUUUUGGUUUUUAUUUUUUUUUUUGGUCACAGAACUCCCCAUUUUGUAACCAGCCUCUCGAAGGUAACAUAAGGCAGCUAAAUAAUGAGUUGGGAUUUCUGGUGGCAGCAGAUUUAGAAUCCUGUUUGGGAUUUUGGAGAGUUCCUAGAGGUGAUACACUAAAUAUAAUCAGGAAAGAGCCUGAAUCCAAUUCAGGUGGGGAAUGGAAUAUUCCUCCAGCAGCUGAGUGAUUGUCCUGUGUGAUUCCCUGGAUUUUAUUGAGGCUGGUAAAUUCCUUUACCUUAUAAAAAUUGAAGUUCUCUAACGUUCUUGACUCUCAUGGAACUACUGUUGCAGUUACAAUAAAGAUGAUGUUGUUUCAUUGUAAA